GUCGGAAUGCGCCGCGGGCAGCACACUCUUCUAUUUUUUCUCAGAGUUUGACUGAAAAUGGCUGAUCUUCCUCCGCUUGGCGAUGGCGAGUUUGACGUGAUUGUUGUUGGCACUGGUCUCAAGGAGUGCAUCCUGUCCGGCCUCCUCUCGGUCGCUGGCAAGAAGGUCCUGCAUAUGGACCGCAACGACUACUAUGGUGGCGAGUCGGCCUCCAUCACCCCGCUCGAGAAGCUCUACGAGAUCUUCAAGAAGCCCAACCAGCCCGACGAGGCAAAGAUGGGCCGCGGCCGCGACUGGAACGUCGAUCUCAUCCCCAAGCUCAUCAUGGCCAACGGUCUGCUUGUCAAGAUGCUCAUCCACACCGACGUCACCCGCUACCUCGAGUUCAAGCAGGUUGACGGCUCGUAUGUCUUCAAGGGCAACAAGCUCCACAAGGUCCCCGCAACCGACGGCGAGGCACUCUCCUCGGGCCUGAUGGGCCUGUUUGAGAAGCGUCGCUUUGGCAAGUUCCUCACUUGGAUCAACGAGUUUGACAUUGAGAAGAAGGCCACCUGGGGCGAGGGCUUUGAUCCCGCCAAGACCACCAUGCUCCAGGUCUUCCAAAAGUACAGCCUCGACAAGGAGACGAUGGACUUUUCUGGCCACGCCAUCGCCCUGUACACGCAGGACGACUACCUCAACCGACCGGCGGUUGAGACCAUCCCCCGCAUGAAGCUCUACUCGGACUCGCUUGCCCGCUACGGCAAGUCGCCCUACAUUUACCCCCUGUACGGCCUCGGCGAGCUGCCCCAAGGCUUUGCUCGUCUCAGUGCCAUCUAUGGCGGCACCUAUAUGCUGAACAAGCCCCCAGAAUUCGUCUACAAUGCCGAUGGCUCCAUUCAAGGUGUCAAGUCUGAGGGCGAGUUUGCCAAGUGCAAGCUCGUCAUCGGUGACCCCACUUACUUCCCCGACCGCGUCAAGAAGUCUGGCCGUGUCAUCCGCGCCAUCUGCAUUCUUUCGCACCCGAUUGCCAACACUGACAACUCGACCUCUGUUCAGAUCAUCAUUCCCCAACACCAGGUCAACCGCAAGUCUGACAUUUACGUUUCGGUCGUCUCGUACACCCACAACGUCGCCUCCAAGGGCAAGUACAUUGCCAUCGUCAGCGCAACUGUCGAGACCAACGACCCCGAGAAGGAAAUUCUCCCCGGUCUCAACCUGCUCGGUGCCAUUGACGAGAAGUUUGUCUCUGUCACCGACCUUCUUGAGCCCAUCGAUGACGGCACCAAGAACCAGGUCUUUGUCACCAAGUCGUACGACGCGACCUCGCACUUUGAGACCACUUGCCUCGACAUCAUGGACGUCUUCCAGCGCAUUACCGGCAAGCCCCUCGAGCUCACCACCCCCAAGAACGCCGAGAACGCUGAGGGUGCCGAGGCUGCCGAAUAAAAACAAAACCUUGAAAAAGCUGUCGGGCAUGUGAAUGUAGCUGUCCCUUCUUGUUUUUUUGGCUUUUGUUGUGUGUCUUUUGUGUCUCUUUUGUCUUUGAGCCAAGACUUGGUUGUUUCCAUUUCUCUUGGAUGAGAACUUGAGCAUGAUUUUUGUUUCACAAUACAACGGUUUGCUCCCAA